CAUUCCAACUCUUUAUUACAGUAUAAGACUGGCAAGACUGCAGAGCUCUGUAUGCACUCAGUGAGUGGCCUAUGUGCUGCAUGCAGGGUUGCCAGAUUCAAGAAAUUAGAGGGCUCCGCCUCUUCAGUCAGCGGUCAACAGUGCCCUCUAGAGCGCGUAGCAGUAAUUUCGCGUGAGCUCCGCUGUGACGUCAGAGGCGCGAUGCCUCAGUGCAGUCAUGUGUAUGGAAAGUCAGCUCGCUUUAGAGAUAACAAACAAGGAAAUCAGGACUUUUGUGUAGUCAGACAGCCGGGCUGAGAUCCUACACUCAAUUAUAUCUUAGUUAUAGUUUAGUUUUAAACGUCCAUCGAGUCGUCAUGGCGUCUAUUUUUAGGAAGAAGACUGUUGACGAUAUCAUCAAAGAGCAGACUAAAGAGCUUAGAGGCACACAGAGACAAAUCAGCAGAGACCGUGCUGCUUUGGAAAAACAGGAGAAGCAAAUGGAAAUGGAAAUUAAGAAAAUGGCCAAGGCUGGAAACCGAGAUGCCUGCAAGAUACUGGCCAAGCAGCUGGUCCAACUGAGAAAGCAGAAGAACCGAACUUAUGCUGUGAGCUCUAAAGUGACCUCUAUGUCCACGCAGACCAAGGUCAUGAAUUCUCAAAUGAAAAUGGCUGGAGCUAUGUCUAACACAGCCAAGACUAUGCAGGCUGUCAAUAAAAAAAUGGACCCAAAGAAGACUUUGCAGACAAUGCAUGACUUCCAGAAAGAAAACCUGAAAAUGGGCAUGUCUGAAGAUAUGAUCAAUGACACACUUGAUGAAAUCUUUAGUGAGUCAGGGGAUGAAGAGGAAUCUCAGGACAUUGUGAACCAGGUGCUGGAUGAAAUUGGAAUUGAAAUUUCUGGAAAGAUGGUGAGAGCCCCAUCAGCUGGAAAGAGUCUUCCCGGCGCAUCAAAGACCAAAGCUGAUACCAUUUCCGAUGAGGACAUUGAGAGGCAGCUGAAAGCCCUGGGAAUGGAUUAAACCUCUUUAUACUCUACACCUGUGCUCUCAGAGCCAAAGCAAAGGGCUUAUACUAAAGCACUCAUGUGUACAUGACUUCGCUAGCUGUGGUUAAAGAGGGCCACAGGGCUGCUUCUAAUCAGUGAUUUAAAAAUGUAAAGACCAUGUGGUUUGUAGGAUUUGCUGUAGAUAUCUAAAGACAAAGUGGUGUUGGGGUGAGAAUAUGAAUGGUCUUGUGAAGAAGGUUUCAGAAUCUACUCAGAAUCUAAAGAUCAACCUUCUCUAAACCAGUUUUAUCAAUUUAAGGCUUCAUCUAAUGGUUGUGCAGCACUGCAUAAUCCUUUAAUAUGCUACAAGAUGGAGUUGUUAUAUAGGUUUAGGAGAAAGACCACACCUGAAGCUCAAUCUUCUUACUGGAUAGCUUACUGUAAAUCUACAUAUUUAUCGGAGUUUCUGCAUUUCCCAGCUCUGUUCUAUUCAUCUCUUAUCUGAGUUGGUGGGCCUUGGUGUCACCCAGGUUAUCACCCCAAGUUCACAGAGUUCGCUCCCAUUUUUCUUGAAUUCCUCUUCAUGUCAUUUAACCAAGGACAUGGUUUGCAGUCCCAAAAGUAUGGUGUAAUGGUUUUAGUGUACAUAAUAUUAACGUUCUGGUAAUAUCUGAUAAUUAAAGUUCUGGUACUUUUGCAGCUA